ACCGGUAGAGUGGAAAGUGUGUGAAUUCGCUGUUAGCGUAGCAAAGGAGUCAUCCCUUUGACGUGUGCUGGAUGAAAUUCUUAUGCAAACGUGUUGAAACCCGAUAACACACAUUCUUUUCCCUAAAGUGGUGCGGUGCGCUAUGCGUGCGGUUUCUUGUUUUGUUUUGGUUGGGUUUUAGUUGCCUGCGAGUAAAAUAAUCUGUGCGUAAAGUGUCCUGUAGCCGCCGCCAAAAGAAACGCACCAAUUCGCUGUUAUCAGAAGUGGUGGUGGAAAGCGUAAAGAAGCGAUAAAGAAUCAUCGCCACUGUGUUGGUGUUCGCAUGUGAACGAAUAUUUCGAAUCCGCACGCAACGCGAUAGAUAAUUCUCGGUGCGCGACAGUGGUGUGUGGUAUGUUUUGCAACGGAUCCUGUCCGCAAUCGUGCUAUCAAUCUAUCACCGUUUAGUAGGGGGUGCGUGUGUCUGCGUCAAAGCGUCUCCGGCACGGAGGAUACUUGUGGAUAACUUAGAAAGGCCGAACGAAAAUGAUCGAAAACUUCGAAUCAAAGAUAACGUUCGAAAUACCGACGAAUCUCGACUUUGACAAGCUGAUCCGGGGCAACAAUUACACGCUGUUCUGGCAGAACCUUCACCAGCAGCAGCAGAACGCCGCCAGCGGCGCAGCGGCUAGGCUAGCGGCGACGGGGACAUUCGGCGGGAUGGCUGACAGUGGUGGGUUCGGUGGGUUCGGCUCGUCCGGAUCCAGCCUGUUCGGUGGUAUUGACUACAGCAAUGGAAGCAGCGACUACGGUCUGCUAAACAGCCUGCAAUCGUUCGCUAACCGGGGCCGGGAUGGGCUCGGCAGUGCCGGCACGGAACAGAUGCUCGAUCCGACGUACGAGCGGUUUAUCGGUGAUGUGUGGGUUGGCAUCGUGCUGACGCUCAUGAUCCUGUCGUCGAUCUUCUGCAUGUGUUCCUGCUUCCUGUAUCACAAAUUUCGCCAGUGGCAACGAAACGUGCUGACGGCGCGCUCGCAAACGCUGUCCUCGAUGGACAUCGAAACGCCACCACCGUACGAUGCGGAAUCCCUACCCAGCUACACGAUCGUGUCCGGACUGCCGAGCUACCAGGAUGCAAUCGAGCAGUUAAAGCAGAAGCAGAUGAAGUACUACGAACCGGUCAAAGUGCACCGGCCCAGCGUGAUGAAGCUGUUCGAAUCGCAGGAUCUGCUCGGUGGGGCAGCGACAGCGCCAUCCACACCGCAUCCGGCCAAACUCGAGGAGAUCCGGUACAACUUCGUUCGUCCGCUCUCCGUGCAGGAGCAAACGCUGCCGGAACCCACCACCAGCAGCGGCCAGUCCGGUUCAUCCGAUCAGCCGAUGCCACCGCCGCCACCGUACAAGAGCCAAAUAUCCACCAUCUCCUCCAACGCGUCGUCGACGCACGGUGUUAGCAGCAUGGUGGUGGAGUUACCCGCCUCACACGGCAUCCCGAUCACCACGAUACGUCUGCCGCAGAAGAAGCUGGACGUGUGUCACUACACGAUCGAGCACGAGCGAUCGGCCGGUGGACGCAGUUGAAGAAGCGAACGGCUAAGACUAGCCACCAUGAUAUACACGCCAGCGGAAUAGAACUAUAUACUACGCAAGAAAACCAACUGGAUGAUUACAAAUCACUGACUGUGUUAUUAACGAUUAAUUUAUAUAGGUAGUACUAUUGUAGAGCUUCCUGCGAGUGGGAAGUACGCUCGUGAGAGAAAAAAAUGAGAUGCGCGCGUUAUUGUCUUAGGUGUGAGCAAAAGUGCGGAGAUAUGCAUGUGUUCAUUUUCGUUCCUAUAGUUUCAAUCGCCAGCGUUUUUUUGACAGGACUGACCAGUUUCAGUAGCAGGGCGUUGAAAAAUGCAGUCGAUUGAAUGUGACAACUUAACGAUCCGGCUUCUUUUCUUCCGGCCACAUCUAUGGGUAAAGGCAUAUACGUAAACGAACCGGCCCGACAGCGCAUUUUCCUUUGUUUUGCAUUUUGUUUCUCCCUCGUAGGAGCAUUUUUAACGAAACCGGAAGGAAGUUGUAGUGAUAAAGCAAUAGGUGUAAAUCACAACAGUCCUGCUGGGUCCUGCACACUCUGCACACAUUGUUAACACAGUUUUCGUUAGUGCCAGACCAUGCUCUGAAGACGCGGACGAACGAAAAACUUCAGUCUAAGAUUUAAGCGCAUUCAAACUGAGACUAAAUAUAUAUGUGUGUUAGGUGUGUUAACGAAGCACAAAGUGGAUGGUUUCUUGCUAGAGAAUGUUUUAAAAGAAAAAGAAAAUACCAGGACUAUACUUAUACACAUUGCCAUCAGUUCGUGAGCGAAUCCGCCAGUGCUAGGUUAUAUGACUUUAAUAGUUUGUAGAGAAACAGUUCAUAGUCACCGCCGAUAGAGAUCAGAAUAGAAUGCAGAACGAUAUAUAUAUAGAUAUAUUUACAAAAAGGAAGAUUGUUUUAAAACAAAAUUUGAAAGCGAAAAACGAAAAUGCCACAAAAACGUUUGUUUUGGUUCAAACUUUCCCAAAAGAAAAUAACGGUUCAAGCGAUUGCGAACGGAAGUGCGUGCGUGGUGUAAUUGAAAAGUUGUUUCGGUGAUUAAUGGACGGAAACUUAAAAGACUCCCUAGCGUUUUGUUUUUAUUAGACUUGUAAAACGUUCAUCGAACGCAAUAGGCACGUACGGUGUUUUAUUCCAUUUAGUAGCAUUUUCGGAACCCAUAAUUGUAAAGCGAAUGUUCAGGUUUUUUGUUGUUAGCGAAGGAAAAGUGAGUGGGUGUUUGGCCCAUUGCUCAUUCUCAACCAAACCACACAACAAGAACACCCCUGAAACCCUAACUCUCCACCACCAGUGUGUAAAACCAGGAAGCUCAAUAAUAAAUUGUGUUUU